AUGUGGCGGGAGACUAUGUACAGAAUGAACACUGGGAAAAAGGGCUUACAUGAGAAAUCGAAUGGUAAUGGGUUAAUGGUAAUUAAUUGUGAAACUGAUCAAGAUUUAAUAAUGAGCUCAAUAGCACUCCACCACAAGAAUAUUCAGAAGGGGAUUUGGAAAUCACCAGACUGGAAAAAUAUAGACCAAUCUGACUUCUUGUUAGCAGGCAUGAAUCAUAAGAAGAGCAUAGAAGGUGUAAGCUCAUACAGAGGAGCAGGUGGGGACACAGAUCAUUUUCUACUCGUUGGGAAGGCCAAACUAAAAAUGUUAUUCUGCAGCAAACAAAUGAGCGACCGCAACACGCCAUUGGAGCUAGAUAAACUGUAUCGGUCUGAGAUAGCUCGACGAUACCAUAUGGCUGCGAGGAAUAGGUCCGAGACACUUAUAGCGACGGAACAGAGUGACGAAGAGGUGGCUGUUGAUGUGAUGUAG